UAGAUCAGUGCCGAAAAAAUAUAUUUAAAAAAGUGGGCGAAUUAACCACGGAAAGUCGGCUGCAUCAUUUGGGGCUGUCAAAUUAAGAUACGGAUUGGCCGACUGACCGACCGACCGCGACCGCCACUCUCGGAAUGACUCAAAUUUCGUACUAGGGGUAGGGGGGUUGUCUGGCAGGCUGUCAGUAUCUGGGAGUGCCGAGGUCGUGCCGGCCCCCAAGGACGUCAUCGGGGACCUCCCGAGCACGCCGAUGACACCCCUGUGACAACUCCGAUUCAGCUCAAAUUUGGAAGACGAGGGAUUUUCAGACACGCUGAGCUCGAAUCUGGCAGUGCCGAGGCCGUCCGGGCCGCCGAGGACGUGAUCGGAGACCUCCCGAGCACGUCAAUGACAUCCCUAUGACAAACUCCGAUUUGGCUCGAAUUUUGCGGUCCGGGGUUUUAAUAUCUGUUGAAUUUGAAUGUAUAAUGGUGCCGACGCCAUCCGGGCACUCCGAACACGUCAUCCCAAGCACGCGUGCGGUCACGACCGCUCUCACGGCGACCCCCGCCACGCACCUGCGUUUAUUUUUUCAAGAUUUCAAGUGAAUCCCGAGGCCGGAAGGACGAAUUAAAGUGGAAACAAAAACAGCGGAACCAGUAGCUGAAUGCGAGCCGGCUGGGUCGUCUCUAGAGUGAUGCCGAAGCCAGCGCGGAAGCAGCGGCGGAGCAGUCAGUGCCCGGUACCCACUACUGAAGAGAGAGAGAGAUCCGUGGUUUCUUUGCCAAUGGCGUCGACAACGGCAGGCGUACCCACUGUAGCAACCGCCGAGGCCGCUGAGUCGGACCAACACUCGGACCCACACGAGCUGCAGUGGAGCAUGGACCAGCUGCCCAAGGACGUCCUCCUCGAGGUGCUGCAGCACCUGCCCGUCGUGGACCUGCUGAAGUGCCGCCGCGUGUGCAAGCGACUCGGCGAGCUGGCGCUGCACCCGACCGUGUGGAGGCGGAAGGUCCUCUUGUCUUCGUCGGGCGGUUUUGUAAAACUGUUCUGUCCGGUGCUGCGUCUGGCGCCAUGCUUGAACCACCUGAAGAUCGAGUCGUUAUCACCUUACCUGACUUGCGACCACAGCCUGAGCACGACCAGGUGUGGCGUGGAACACUUGGCACUCAGUGUCGGUUGCUCGGAUGCCCUGAAGGCGGCCCUGGUGUUGCAGCGCCAGGAGGUGCUCGGCCGGCUGAGGAGACUGACUAUAGCAUUGAAUGUACGGGCCACGAGCCUGGACAAGGACCAGGCCUCCAUCCUGUACAGAACAUUGGCGUUGACAUCUCGGCUCGAGAGCCUCGUGGUAACAAUGUCAUACAACGCAGGCCCCGUCGAGUGCAGCUUCGCGGGCAUCCACGUGCCAAGCUCAUUGAAGAGCGUCGAGUUCAAUCCCCACGGGCAGGAGCAAGCAGAGAACUUGGUCAACUUCAUGCUGUCCACGCACGCCGCCACCCUGGAGACGGCACGCUUCCACGACCCCGUGUCCACCUCGACGCUGCAGCUGCUGGCCGGGCUGCCCCGCCUGCGCGAGCUCACCUGCCGGCUGCAGGCCGGGCUGGAGGUCCUGGCGGCGAGCGAGUCCCUGCAGGUCCUGACCAUUAGGGCGGUAGGAGACACAGAGGCCGCUGAGGCCACCGCUGCCGAGUCGCUCCUCCGCCAAGCCCGCCAGCUGCGGCAGGUCUCGCUCGAGUGUGGGUAUGGUGCACACUCGUACCUGUUCCCCGAGGCGCUGGUCCGGGCCCUGGCCGCCGAGGGGACGGAGCGUUCGCACCUCGAGAAGCUCAGCGUCGCCUGCAUGUGCAAAGAUAUAGAUGAUCUGGGCGAGGUGCUCCUGGGAGUGCUGCCCGGGCUGCCGGCCCUGCAGGAGCUGGACCUGAGCUGCCCCAAGUACGAGCGGCUGCUGCGGGGCCUCACCCCCGCGACGGCGCCGGCUUUGCGGCGCCUCACUGUGCGGGCCUGCGCCCACGACUGGACGCACAGGCCGUCGGUCAAGGGGCUGCUGGAGGCCAACCCCUCCCUGCAAGUGUGGUCGAAGUGGCCACGAUGCGCCAGUUGCCACGCGUGCAAACUCGCCUGCCACCGAGAGCUGGGGAGGACGAAGUCUGGCAGCCAAGUCUGCCUCGCUCUGAAAGAGGAACUGUCCAUCUGCCCCAGUGUCCAUAACCAAUAAACUGUAUCAAUGUUCAUUAAACCGCGUGCUCUCCAAA